GGGGGAAGUGUGUGGAAUCUGAGAUACCACCUUUCAAUGUAACUGACCUUUCUUCAAUCCCAUUUCCUAUUUCCCCAGUCCCCACCCUCUGUUUGAUCUUAUUAUUCAAUUCAAAGCUCGUACCAAGUUGUGGAUAAAUCACAAAUGGCUUCCAUUUCCAUCCCUGACUUCUUCAGAACAGUGAGGGAAAUCAAAAAGCAAAGUUUGUUUAUACGACACAUGCGUGCUUGUGAUCCAAUUUUGACUCGACCCACCGAUUCCGCCCCUUUUCGUUCUUUUCGUCCCCUUUUCAAACUUCUCUGCUCCCCCGUCUCUCCAUAAAUGGUUCGAUUCAGGGCUGCCGUCAAUGGCCGGGAAGUUAGAAGCCGUUUCUUUCUGUUGGUCAUCUGGGUUCCAGAUUGUGAGUGGAUUUGGUCUCUGUUUCCCACCUGAGUCGAGUCGUUCGGUUCGUAGAUAUACAGAGUGCAGACUGCAGGGAACUAAGUAUAGAGAGAAAAUUAGAUGUGAAGUAGAGACCUUUAAGUAAAGGGUAGUUGAGAGAUCGGUGAUUACUCGGAGAUUUUGCAGGUUUGCUCGUCACGGGAAGUCGCACAAGUUCGUUCUUUCUUUGCUCCGCCUUUUUUGUUUCUCUUUCUCACAAGAGAAGUGCUGCGGAGAAGUAAAAGCAGGAAAGGUGGGGAAACUUGUGGAAGGAAAAGAUCCAACCUUUAGCAUAGAUUUAUCUGGUUGAAGCAAUCGGGUCUUCUGGGUAUUAUAUAACAGCGAUCAAUGGAAGUCUAGGAACAUAGAAAAAAGAAGGGGGAAGUUUGUUUUUGGUCUUCUCCUUUGUUUUACAUCUUGGUUCUUCUCUGCUCCAUGGAUUAUUCUCCAGUAGUUGAAGUUACCAGGGAUAGAAAUGGGAUUGAGGAGAUUCUACUUCGCAACCCUCGAGGAGCCUCAACAAGGGUGAGCUUGUAUGGAGGACAGGUUCUUUCCUGGAGAACUGACCAAGGUGAAGAACUGCUCUUCACUAGCAGCAAGGCAAUAUUCAAGCCACCCAAUCCAGUUAGAGGAGGAAUCCCAAUAUGCUUCCCUCAGUUUGGCAAUCGAGGAGCCUUGGAGCAACAUGGAUUUGCUAGGAAGAAACUGUGGGUAGUUGAUGACAACCCACCGCCAUUACAUCCCAAUGAUUCCUAUGGAAAAUCCUUCGUUGAUUUGCUCCUGAAACCAUCUGAAGAUGAUCUCAAGAUGUGGCCACACAGCUUCGAGUUCCGCCUAAGGGUAGCAAUAACAGCAGAAGGGAACCUAGCCAUGGUUUCGCGCAUCAGGAACAUCAACUGCAAGCCUUUCAGUUUCUCUAUUGCAUACCAUACCUAUCUCUCCAUUUCAGACAUCAAUGAAGUGAGGGUGGAAGGAUUGGAAACUCUUGAUUACCUCGACAACCUUCUUCAAAGGGAACGAUUCACAGAACAAGGAGACACCUUGACUUUUGAAUCCGAGGUGGACCGGGUUUAUCUGAGUUCAUCAGAUGUUAUUUCUGUGUUUGAUCACCAGAGCAAGAGAACAUUUCAAAUCAGAAAGAAAGGGCUCCCUGAUGUUGUGGUGUGGAACCCAUGGGAGAAGAAAGCAAAGGCAAUGGCAGAUCUCGGAGACGAAGAGUACAAGCAGAUGCUGUGUGUUGAUGGAGCUGCGAUCGAGAAGCCAAUCACGUUGAAGCCCGGUGAGGAAUGGACUGGCCGUUUAGAGCUCUCCCUCAUUCCUUCAAGUUGAUUGGCUAUGGUGGCCACCAUCAGAAACUCAUAUAAAGUAACCUUCUUUAUCUGAUUCAAACAAGUAAAGAAUGCAGAUAUGGACAGAGAUGGCCAAACAGAUAAACAGACCCUAAUAUUUUACAAAGACUUUGACCAUUCUUUGUAUAAUGGUGUGGCAUUAUGACCAAUUUUAGGGGUCUGCUACUGUAGAAGAUAGAGGGAGAAGUGAAGAUUAUGAUUGUUGUUGUGUUCUUUUGGCCUAAUUGUAAGUGUAUAUACAAAUACAAUAUGGAUAUGAUCCUGAUUGCAGAGAUUAACAACAAAGUCAUAAUUUUUUGGGCCCC